AUGAUAGAGCCGUUGGUGAAAACAGAAAGACAAAGUCGCUCUAGACAACGCUUUUAUCAGCGACCACAUACACCGGUGCAUCAACAUCAAUUGGAACAAAUCAAAACGCAAUACUUAAGCCAUCAGCACGAUAUAACAAUUGACCGUGAUACAGUUUUAAAGAUAAAUCGCCUGGCAACACGAAGAAAUUUACAUAAACGCGAACACAGCUGGCCACCAACAACAAUGACAGCAGCUGCUGGCUCUACCACCACCACAAGCACCGCCAACAAUGAACAGCUAAAGAAUGCUGAUAGAAAUGGAAAAAUGUUAAGUCAGCAGCAACUACAGCAUAUACGUAGCACCUCGAAUGACAAUGCGUUACAAUUUGAUGAAACUGUUUGCAAACGCCAUGGCAUUGAUGUAAUACGAGAGAAAUUCAAUAGUCCCACUAGAAUAAUUGAACCCACUGCCCAAGAGGUUAGGCAAAGAAGGGAGCAACAGCGUAAACUACAACAACAAAAGCAACAGCGAGAACAACAACAACGAAGCACAAGCCAUACUGAUGAUGUUGGAGGUGGAGGUGUUGAUGGUGAAAAAAAUAAACCUAAACAAAUGAUUAAUCUGGUGAAACAUGAAGAGCUAUUAAGAAAAAAUUCACCAAAUAAAUCAGCCACCAUGACGGACACCACAAAUGCCCUAAGGACGAAUGAUUAUGUUGAAGUGGAAAAAAAUAGCGCCAGCAUACCUGGGCCACAAACAAGUGACAAAUCAACAGAAAAAGAAUGUGACAAAAGCCUAAAAGCAAUGGAAGAUGAACUAUUUAAAACCACUAAUGUGCCAGAGACAAAAGGUUUUUCUCAUCCCGAAACAAAGGCAGCCGAUGAAGAUAUUGGUCUGGUGGAGCCUAAAAGACAAUUUUACGAGCAAUUGGCUUCUUGUAAGAAAUGGCACAGCUAUGAAAAUCUUGAGGCGGCUGUCAAUGCAAAACCAGCCACAAACAAACCUUUGCUGUCGCAAAUGCACAAACGUCAAGCAUAUUCGCUGGAGAGGGGACGUGAAGCCAGACAACAAAAACAGUUACCACCCCAAAAGCCAAGGUUUUCACCCAAACUACAGAGACGUUCUAUGAAAUUGGCCACAGAAAUAAAAAUUUCUUAUGAUGCCGAUGCCCAACAACACAACAUACAAGUUAAGUCAUUAAAUCAGCCAAAAAAGCCCCAACCAAUGACACUUCCCUCAACCACAACCCUAGAUGAUAUGGAGCAUAUACCCUUACCGGCUACACCCAAUAACUACCGCUCAGUGCCAGUGAAUGUAGAACAAAGUACUGAACAACCAUGUGAAUUUCAUGCAGACACAAAAGCGAAAUCUUUAAAAGAACAGCAAAUUUAUGACGAGUCUUGUAUAUAUUUGCGAUCUAUAGAUUUGCAGGAUAAUACGGUGGCUUAUAUACCAGCUGCCAUUACAAUUGUACCCUCACCAACGGAGGAAAUAAUGCAACAUUGGAUGGAAUCCAGUAACCUUAAGGCCAACAUUAAAGGGGUUAAUGAUAUUGAGACAGCAGCCAACACAGCAACCAAAGCUUCACAUGAGUUGCAGGAAAAAAAUGAAAAUUUAAUAUCAAUGUUAAAACAUGAAUCUGUUAAAUCAGCACUAACGCCGGAGGGCAUUAAGCAACAGCAGAGGUACACGAAACAAGAACAACAACAAAAUGACAUGCAAGAUGCUGCUGCUGAUGAAACGAGAGCAGAGACAGACACAUAUGUGACACGCUUGCCAAGCACACCCAACGGCAUACAGCUAACACGUCAAACAAGUGUCAACACUAAACGUAAAACGCAAAUGAAUAACAACAACGACAUCACUAACAACAAAAAACCAUCCACCUUAGCGAUGACAACUGAAGCAGCAACACACGAAUAUCUGCAACAACAAACCAGACCCCCAGGGUUCAUACAUUCGAAUGCAACAUCAGCUGAAUGUAAUAAAGUUGCCAGAGAAGGUGACAAAAGCCAGCAACAAGGUGUUUACUAUACAGAUGGUGAAUACGUCUAUGGUCCCUAUGAUCCCUACAAUGGUGCACCACUUGCCAAUGCCACCGUACGUUCCUUGCAAGCUGAACAGCAGCAACAAAAACAACAGCAACAGCAGUUGCAUCAACAACCCCAAAUUAAAAAAGAUAUUGAAGCGGAAACAAAAACUCAGCAUAAAAAUGAGAUUGCCAAUCUAACAGCAAAAUAUGAACAUAUACAAAAAUCCAUAAACGAACACCUAAGGCAAAUUGAUGCAUAUAUUGAAAAUGCUAAAGCGGCAUUAAAAUCCACCAUAACAACUAGCAAUAAGUCGGAGUCAUCUUCCAGCACACCCAUUCAGGCAGAUCAACAACAACAGCCAGCAUCACACCACAGCAACUUAAAGGCUCAAAUAGAACAUCAACAACAAUCAGAAACUCCUUUAAAGGAAAUUUUAAGAAAAAUCACCAACAUCAUGCAGGAAGUGCAACCUUUACACCGGAACCAAAAAGCCAAACAGAAAAUAUGCAUGCAGGAACAUUCAACUGCACACGCACAACAAGAUGGCGAAGAAAAUAUGCCCAUAGUGGAUAAAGUUUUAAUGGAUCUAAAUAUGUUGACCAAACAUUUAAGUGAAUUUGAUACGACUGCCACAGAAGAGCUUAAACCAAUUAUGGAACAACUACAGCAAACACCACUUGACUUGCAAUAUGAAACUAGACCUUCAGUGGCAACAGCCUCACAUGUUCUUAUAAACGAAGAGACAACAACAAACAAAGACACAGCAAAAAGUCAUCAGCUCAAAGAAGCCUAUACAUCAGUAACAGCAAAAUCAACACAACCACCGCCGCCACCACCUCCGCUACCGCCACCCACAACUAUACAAAAUCCAGUGGCAUUAACAAAGCCAAAACAACAGAAACAAAGAGGACAUGUUGGAGAUGAGCAAUUACUGGCCACUGACAAGCUAAUAACUGCUCAAAUACAAAGUCAGCAACAUGCAAAGCAGCAACAGCAAAAAGAAAUGACAAUGUCAGCGGUAACGCCCCAGGAUAUGGAUGAUACUACCCAGCAAAAGACGAAGAAUUUCGUUUUUGAUUUUAUAACAGCACGACAUGAGCAGGAACAACUUGUCGAGCAAGUAAUUGACACGCUUGGAAAGUUGGAAAAUGAAUCGAAAGAAAAUCUAGUUAACAUACACGUACCACCUGCACAUGAUGAGAAGAUCAAAUCAAAUUUAAAUCAACAAACACCAUCAUCUACAUCAACAGCAACAGCAAACACAAAAAACGAAAAGGAUAUGGCAAUAAUGCAAAACUGCAACAUUUCCGUUUUAGCAAAUGCCUCUGGCAAAGAUGCUUGUAAUCAUGACAAUGAUCCAAAAUCAACUAAAGGUAAUGAAUCUCAGCUGAAAUUGCAUAUUAAGGAUUUUGCUGACAAAAUAGCUGAUAAGCAAUUUCAAAAAUAUGACAACCAACUAACCAAGAAUACCAAUGAUGUGGUCAACACCAGCAGCAGCAGUACAAAUAGUAAUAACAACAAACCUGGCCACAGGCAACUUACACACGAACAUAAUAAACAUGUAAGUUCUCAUGAUGACGACAAGGAUGAGGAUGACAAGGAUAAUAAAAUAAAGAAGAUGAUGGAUCAACAACAGCAGGAGGAGGAAGGUGGUAGCAAUCGUAGCAGUGGCAGUGAAUUAAGUAAUACUUAUAAAUCCUCCUAUGAACUUCCUAGUCCUUAUGUAACAGUGCGUCAAAUAUCCUGGGAGGAUGUGCAAGCAACAGCCACCCAAUUAUCAAACAACUUAGCUUAUACACUGAAACAAAGUGAGACAGCUGAAUCAGCAACAACAGCAUCGCCAGUAUUAACAUCUUCGGUGAACAUUGUCAAGCCAAAACAGGACACACAAAUUGCACAAAUAUGUUCCAAAUCUCCGGUAACAUUAUAUGAAUUUGAAACAACGACGCCGCCGCCAGUCACGACAAGUGGUCACGUUGAAAUGCAAUCAACGACAACAUUAAAACCAAGCAUACAAACUAGAAAACAACCACAGCCAGAACAGAAACACAAACAACAAAUUACACACCAGCAUCACGACCAGACACCCGCUACUCUAGAUGAGGGUAGAAAGUAUCCUGCUCCCCUAAUUGAGCCCCAUUUGCCAACACGUUCAACAUCACCGUUUGGCUUAAAUGCCGUCGAAUUACCCUUUAAACAACGAUCACCCUCCAUAUCACCCACACGUCUACGUAGAAUAAGAAUUGCUCAGGAUGCCUUAGCUAGUGCAACCAGAAAAUAUCCAUCACCAUUAGUUGAACCUCAUUUGCCAACACGAGCCACAUCACCAUUCGGUCUAAAUGCAGUUGAAAUGAAAAAUGUGAAACGUUCACCUUCAACAUCACCCAAACGAGCCGCCAAGUACACUCUACGAACAUCGCCCAGAACAGUAAACGAAACGGCCAUACGUAAGUAUCCAGCUCUACUGGUGGAGCCUCAUGUACCCACCAGAGCUAACUCACCAUUCGGUCUAAAUGCCGUAGAUGUCAAGAGCGAAGAUGAGCAGGAACCAGAGUAUUACGAUGAUGAUUAUGAUGAACAUGAAGAUAAACCAAACUCGCCCAUACGAAAAUAUCCACCAGCACUAAUUGAGCCGCAUGUACCAACACGAGCUGCUUCACCAUUUGGCUUAAAUUCUGUGGAGACAAAACAAAAAGCUCGUCAUCGUACACCAUCGCCAGCACGUGGCCAUCAUCAACAACAUCAUCAUCAUCAUCCACAUUCACAUCAAGCGACAACGACGUUGAAAUCAUCUUCCACUGCCAGUGACAGUUGCAAAAAGACAGUCGCUUAUGUGCCACAGGUGGAAGGUCAUAAUAUUGGCUUACUAGUACGCACCAGCACUCCUAUACCCUACUACCAUGCACCUGCAUCCUCCUCUUCACAUAGUGAGAUAAACGCAACAAAGACCCCACAUGAUUAUGCCACGAUGACUGCCAGAGAUAUCACUGGCAAUAAGUAUUGUGCGAAGAAUGAUAUUGGACGUGAUGCUGCUAACGACGACAACGGCUACGUCGAUGAUGAUGAAGCGACAUGUGAUGAAUUACAACGCAUUAAUACAAUUGGCUCAACCAAACAAGUAAAACAACCAAAAAUGCGUAAUUUGAAUACCGCAGGUACUGCAGCUGCUGCUACUACUACUGCACCAGCAACAACAAACAAAACAAUGGCACACCAUCAGCCUCAAAAACAAGAGCUACAACAGCAACAUCAUGAGCCCGCGCAAGCACAUCUGCUGCAACAACAAGAACAAUAUAGUAGUGGUGAUGGUCAACACAUGGUCGUUGACAUUAUUCCGCUACCAACAUCUGUUAUUAAUCGUUCAUUCGAUAAUGUUUCGCCUCGUCCAUACAUCUCCAUUGAAGGUUAUAAACGUGUAGCUUGGCCACCAGCAUCUGAGGAAAGAAUUGUACGUGAAUUUACACCACAACCUCAGACUCAAUACCCACCAGUGCCAGCUUAUAAUCAGCAACAACAACACCAACACCAGCCAACUCCUGCUGCUGCCAACGCCGCUGCUGUACCACCAACUCAGGGUCCAAUUUAUAAUAAUGUACCACACCAAGCACCCAUAAGUAAUACUAAUAAUUUUGCUCGUGAAAACAAUUCACCUUAUAAACAAACACCAAAUCAAAAUGAAUAUGAAGCGUUUCCCCCACAAACCCCAGAAACCCCAAUUAUAUUGAAAGACAAACAGUUCAGUAGACUACCAUCUCAUGAACCAAAUCCAACAAAUAGUUUGCCAUAUCAACACCAACAACAACAGCAACAACAGCAACAACAAUACCAACAACCACAAAACCAACAGCAAGAACACUAUCACCAGGAACAACCCCAGUACCAGCAACCUUUGUAUAACAACCAGCAACAAAAUUAUGAACAACAACAGCAAUACCAACCCAACCAACAAAAUGUUUCCUAUCCCCAACAUCAUCAACAACAACACCAACAACAGUACCAAGAAGACCAUCAUCAGCAAACUCCCUCUGGUUGGAAACCCAUACAUCCACCCCAAACCAAACCAGAUACUAUUUUUACCGGUGCCUAUGGUGUUGGAGAAUGUGCUCCCACUGUAGCUACCCCUAUUUAUCAACAACAAUAUCAAAAUUAUCAACAACCUUCAACAAACCAACAGCAACAAUAUCGUGCACCAUCCCAUGAAAACUAUCAACAUCCCCAACAACAACAAUAUCAACAACCCCCUCAACAACAACAACAAUUCCCCCCACAACCUCAAUAUCAAGCUCAGGCUGCACCAGCUGCUCAAAAACCAUAUCAACAACAACCUCAAUUGGGAUCGCAAUAUCAGCAACCCCCUCAACAACAGCCAGCCUGGGCUCAACAACAGCCACCUCAUCAGCAACAAUAUCAACAGCCACCAUGGGUGCAACAACCUCAGCAGCAGCAGCAACCACAGCAAAUGCAACAACAACCUCAAUAUCAAAAUCCAUUAAAUCAAUAUAAUCAAGCACCUCAUCACCAACAACAAUACCCUCAACAACAAAAUCAAUUUGUACCACAAACCAAUCAACAACAAUUUAAUUCUUAUUCACAGCCCCAACAACAACAACACACCGUGUCUCACGAUCAGGUCGAUCAGCAACAUUACCAACCCCAAUUGCCACAGGAUCUACGCGGAGCCAGUCCUGGUAUUAUCACUUUGCGCAAAGAGGCACCCAUUACCCAACAGCCAACACCCGUUUAUACUUCUCAGCCAGCAGCCAUCAGCUAUAGAGAAUCAUCCACUGACUCUUUAGGCGGCUCCAGCAUGCGCGGAGACUUGAAGUGGCCACCACCAGAAUACAAAGAGGCUGCUGCCAAAGAAAAUGAUGAACGUCGCAAAUUGGCCUCGGGACCCGUAUGCAGGCCAAGGAAAAUCAAUCGCGACUACACCACAUUCUUUGCCAAGAAUGCUUUGAGCCAUCAUUACCCCAGCUAUAAGGUUCCCCCAGGCACCCAACACAUGACCUAUUAAUUUAGCCACUUAAAAUUUUAAUAGUAAUAGCUACAACAACAUAAAAUAAAGAUGACGGAAACCCCACUGCAAACUAAGGAAAUGAUUACCAAUAAUGAUUAAGAAACAAAAAACUUACGAUAUAAAUUUUACUAAUAAUUUAACGAAAGAACUAACUUCAAAAAUGCAAAAAAAAUUUAAAGAAAAAAAAAAUAGUUUAGGAAAUUUUAAAGAAAAUAUGUAUGAUGCACUUCAUAGUUUUUAAUGCUUAACUAAAAAAUGUAUGAAAUUUUUAACUGUUUCAAUAGUUUUAAAAUUAAAUUAUUUUUGAAAAUAGAAUACAAAAUUUUGCUUUAUUUUUAAUCAGGUUUGUUCAAGGGAAAAUAACAGCUAUCCCAACGCAAAUAUUUUGUAUUCUUAAUUAAAAAAUGAUAAUAUUAAUAAAUAGUAAAUUAUUAUAAAAAUAUAAAAAAAGAAAACAAUAUUAGUAUGUAUAAAUGUUCCUCAACAAGAAAUUAUUUAUAAAAAAAAAAUAACCAAAAAAAAAAAUAAAUAAAAACUUAAUUAAUAAUUAUAAUAACAAAAACUAGAAGUUCUAGAGAUUUAUGAAUAUUUUAACGAUCAAAGUAAAACUAAUUUUUUCUUCUUAAUUUUCAGUUAAAUUUUAAUUAAUCCCAUUAACGAACACAAAUAAAUUAUUAACAUAUAUUUAUUUGCGUAAUUAUUAAAUGUUUUAAAACAAAUACUUAUUCAAACGAUUGUUAACUUGUUAACUUUAGCUUUAAAAAAUUAAAUUUUAAAAACUAUACACAAAAUAAAAUAAAUUGUUAUAAAUAUUUACAUAGAAUGUAUAUAAAUAAUGAAAAGAGAAACGUGAGAGUAUUCUUAUUAAGAUCCAAUAAAUUAUAAAGAGAAAUGCGCCAAUUUUAUACGAAAAUAUAAAAUUAUAAAACUUAACCUUAUACAUAUAUAUGUAGUACGAUUAGUAUUUUAUACAUAAUGUCUUAAUAAUAGUUACAACCAAAACUCCUAAAAGAAUCAUCAUAUAAAUCCUCUUGUCAACAAGAAGAUGCAUUAUGUGUCAAAUACUUAUCUUAAGCAGGUUAUUGUUUAGCUUUUUUCACAAUUUACUCACUUUUUGACAAAUUUUUAUUUGAAAUUAUUUUAACAUCAUGCACAAACAGAGAGAGGAUGCCCAUUAAUUUCAAAUUUUAAUUUGCCUUCAAAUGAGUUUAUUGUGAAAAAAAGCAAGACAUAGCUGCCAAAAAAAAAAGCUAUUACCAAUUUUUCACAAACUAUCACACAAAUCACUGACUUAAAACUUUAUUUGACGUUUAUCUAAUAUAUCUUAAUAUUUUCAUUUAAUAUUCGAUGUUUAUAGUAUAUAAUACACUUUACCCACUUGGUGGUGGCAAAAUUGUGUAUUAUUAUUAAUAACGAUACUAUUAUUAUUUAUUGUUUAUUGUGUGUAAUUAACACUUUAAUUUUUUUCGAAAUAAGUUGAUUGUAAAAUUAAAAAUUACUCAAAAACAAUAUUGAAAUAAAUAAAUCAGAAAGCCGACAAAAAAA